AUGUCAUCCGAUUAUCAUCAUCAUCAUCAAUCAGGCAAGAAGCGACAUCAAUGCUCGGUCUGUCAAAAGAAGUUUGGUCGACCGAGCGCACUUUUGACACACAUGUACACACACACAGGCGAACGACCUUUUAAAUGCCACGUUCAAGGAUGUGGGCGUGAUUUUACGGUUCAAAGCAACUUGCGUCGUCAUCUCAAAGUUCAUUCACCUAGUCCAUCUCCACGACGUCGAUUAUCAGCGCAAAUGAGAUAUCAAUUUCUUCAAGAGCUGAUGGAGAAGCGUGAACGAUCCUUCAUGACAACGACUACAUCGUCGUGCACAGCAAAGUAUCAUUAUCCCUCAACAGAGACGUUACCAACACAAAAUGACCACCAAGAUGUAUCUUCAUCAUUAUCAUCCUCACCCAUCAUUUCACCUUCACCAUCAUCAUCGCCAAGGUUCACUCGCCCUUUUUACGAAUGUAAUGAUGUCGUCGAUAAAUGGCUGAACAACAACAACAACAACAACCCACCAUCAUCCAAUGUCAACCAUCACGAGUUUUCAACCCACCAGAGCAACCCAUCCAUCACCCAGCAGCCAGAGACUACUUUGCCUUUUAUCCUUUUGCAAUAUCCAAGGGGUCAUAAUAUACACUUUUAA